AUGCCUUUAAAGAAAUCUGAUUAUAUGAGCGACAUCUGGAAGGAUGGCAUCUUUGCAAACAAAGUCGUCCUCUGCACUGGCGGUGCGGGCACCAUCUGCAGUGCUCAGGUUCGCGCGCUGAUUCAUCUCGGGGCCAACGCCUGUAUCAUAGGCCGUAAUGUAGAGAAGACGGAGAGCGCUGCGAAAGAGAUGGCAACCAUCCGACCGGGCGCCAAGGUGAUCGGCAUUGGUGCUGUGGACGUCCGAAGCUUUGAGAACCUGAAGAACGCCGCAGAGCGUUGUGUCAAGGAGCUUGGCGCCAUUGAUUUUGUGAUUGCUGGGGCUGCGGGCAACUUCCUCGCCUCCAUUGAGCAGCUUUCCGUCAAUGCCUUCAAGUCGGUGAUGGACAUCGAUGUUCUGGGAUCUUAUAAUACACUCAAAGCUACCCUACCAUACCUGAUUGAGUCCGGAAAGAAGCACAGAAUCGAUUCGGAGACUCUUGCGCCUUAUCCCGGAGGCACCGGUGGAAGAAUCAUUUUCGUUAGUGCCACUAUUCACUACCGGGGCAUGCCCUUCCAGACCCAUGUGUCUGUUGCCAAAGCCGGCAUCGACUCCCUUUCAAACGCCGUGGCCAUCGAAUACGGCCCAAGGGGCGUAACAUCCAACAUUAUUGCCCCUGGCCCAAUCGCACAGACUGAGGGCCUGGAGCGCCUUCUCCCCUCUGAUGCCAAGGAGGCUUACACCAAGUCACAACCCCUUGGCCGCUUCGGACACGUCCGCGACAUAGCCGAUGCAACCGUCUAUCUAUUCUCUGACGCUGGAAGCUACGUUACUGGUCAGACUCUUGUAGUUGAUGGCGCGAACUGGCGUACAUCGGGCGGCAUGACAUCCAACGGCAACGUUCCCUACCCCGACAUUCUUCUGUCGGGAGAGGAGAUUGCCAACGUAACCGGCAAGAAGUCCAAACUUUGA